AUGGGAGAGAAGACUAUUAACAUUUCUGAAGAAGAAUACCUAGGGUCGCCUCUGAAUUUUAUUGACCUUUCGCAAGUCAGUCUUACUACUUUAUUCCCGUCAGUUUCAAAUCUUGGUCGCCUGUCUAGUCUUAUCCUUCGGUCAAAUAAGUUAAAAGAAAUCCCUGAAGAAAUUGGAACAUUAAGUAAUUUGAAAGUAUUGGACUUGUCUACGAACCAGAUCCAUAAUCUCCCGCAAAGCAUAAACCUGUUGAAAUGCCUUUCUUCUUUGAACCUUUCCCAUAAUAAGAUACAAGAUCUCCCCGAUUUGUCGGAAUUGUGUUCAUUACAAGUACUUGAUUUGUCUCACAAUGCGAUAUCGGUCUUUCCAACAGGCUUACCAACCGUAACUUCGAAACUUCAAACUUUACUGCUGAGCAGGAAUAAAAUUGAGAGCAUUCCCAAUUUUAUUAAAGAGAUUGGUGGCCACCUAAAAACACUAGAUUUGUCUGAGAAUAAUCUUAGUGAACUACCGCUGCCACUGGCUUUCCUUCCGAAGUUAAAAGUGCUUAGUCUGCAUUCAAAUAGGUUCGCAAAUAAGCGGUUUCAAAAACUAACGGAGGAUAAAAGACAUUUGGCUCCUUCGAUGGUCGAUUAUUUGAAGAGGGAACUCAGGUCUUCUGAAAACGUGAAAAAUAAAGAGGAUUCGGGUGGUAGUUUAUCGGACAAGCUGUGUAGCACUGGCGUUCUAAAUCUGGAAAUUCGUUUUGGAUCUGACAAGGUAUCUGUUACGAGGAUGGAGCCGGUUGUUGAAAUACGGCCUCAUAUAGCAUGCUGUUUAUUACGCAAUGUGAUGUUCGAUGCAGAAAAAUUGAAGUUAUUCUUCAGCAUUCAGAACAGACUGCAUGACACUAUCUGUGAUCAUAGAAAUUCGGGAACGAUAGGCACACACGAUUUUAAAGCAAUAUAUUUUCCAUUAAAGUACACUGCAUUGGAGCCAGAUGAGCUGAAAGGGAAAACGAGUAUUUCGACCGAAACUGAAACCCCAGAACUUGCAGAAAUUAACUCACGUUCUGAAGUUACAACGGAUACUGAGGAAGUAUUCGUUGAAGUCACUAGUGCUGUGAGCCAGUCAACGUGCCGCAACAUUAUGGAACAUUUAAUAGAGGAGAUCAUAAACAACGGUUUCAGCUCCGCACUAGUUGUGGAGCAAAUCAAGAUCUUCCAAGACAACGGCAACUUAUUAAUCGCUUACCCUGGGAAAUUAGAUUUGCAGUUAAAAAAUAUUGCCAUUACGAGGAGGAAAGUUACUGAAAAUGAGCCAUAA